AUGUAUAAAAUAUUUAUAAUCUUUUGUAUCUUUGGGACUAUAUUCGCCAAUGAUGAAGAAAGUAAUGAGAAAUAUAUUGAUUUAUUGCCAGAAGAAGAAAAACAAGAAUUUUUAAAUAGAAUAGCAAGAAGAAUUUUAGAAGGAAUUAAUAGCGAUGAUACACCAAAUCAAUCGCAUGUUGAAAUUAAUGAUGAUCAACUCAAUGAACAUCAUGCUUAUGUCCAAGAUAUAAUAAAUGAAGAAUCACAAAAUCUUAAAAAUGAAAGGAGAAAAGAUGGAGGUAGUACAGAAAAUAAAUAUAUAGAUUUAACUUUACGCGACGGGAAAAGAGAAAAGAGAAAAAAUGAUGAGAAAAUACAACCGGAGACGACAAGUGAGCCGGAUUAUAAUGUUAUUUCUGUUAAGCCUGUAUACGGUGAAGAUUACAAUGAUGCUCAGGAUGCCAAAAAAGUUUUAAGAAAUGAAAAUAUUGAAGUAGAACAAGGUUUAACACUUAUUACUAAUACUAGCCGAGAUAUGCCUACGAGUGAAUCAGUUACUGAACAAGGGGUACAACAAGUUAUUGAACAUUUACGUAUAGAUGAUAAAAAUCCAAGAAAAGAUAUGAAUAAUAAUUAUACUCAGUCCACAGAGAUUGAAGAUUUUGAACCUAAUUUUACUGAAAGCACAUCUGAAAGUAAUGUUGAUUAUGAAAUUAUAACAUCUACGACUCCAGAAAAUACAAAUACUACUAUUGAUGACAAGGUAUCUUGGGGUUCUACGCAAAAAAAAUACUUAUCAUUAGAAGAUGAAAGCAUUAAUGAUGAAAAAUCAUUAAUUAAUACAUCAUCAACGACAGAAGAAAGUGUUAAGAGUUUAGUCACAACAAAUUUAGAGAGUGAAACAAAAGCGAGUACUAUCGACACAGAAUCAGUAACCAAAGAUAACUUAACUGAAACAACACUUAACAGUGUUAUUGGGAAUUUUAGCUAUAUAGAUGGUGAAUCGAGAAGGCAUAGUGAAAUUUUAAAUGAAACAUCUACAAGUACAAUAAAUAUAGACAUUUUUACAACUACCAUAUUGCCUCCUAAUAUUUCAAAUAUAAGUAGGGAAAUUGGUACAACUACUAAAGAGGAUAUUAAAGAAAGCAUUGCUCAUGAUAGUAGCCCUACUAAAAUUGAACAAAAUGUAUCGACACCUAGUUUUAAAAUAGAAAAAGAUAUUAAACCAAAUUUAAGGCAAAGAUUAGAUUUGUUUGAAAGCGCAAGUGAGAUUCCAAAGCUAAACGUUGUCGCGACGCCAAAGGGCGAAUACAAAGUGUACGAGAUCGCUGCAAAAAAACCUUCAUUUGCUUUAAUCAAUGAUAUCAAUUUACCUUAUAAGCAACCAAACUAUGUACCGAUAUACAAUUAUGCACCCGAAAAUGCAUAUUUCAAGCCUAAUAAUAGAUUUGGACCUAACUUAUAUAAUGAAGAGGAAGAUAGUUAUGAAAGAAACCUUAGAACCAGAGUAAGAACGAUAAAUCAUGAAAAUGAUCUUAAGUUAGAUAUACCGGAAAGUAGUAGAUUUUUUGGGCAUAAAAAAUUAAAUUCGUAUUCAACAAAUGUGAAUUAUCCAAGUAAAAAUAAGAUUUCAAAGUUAUAUGAAUUAUUGAAACCUUCAAAAAAAGUUAUAAAUCAAAAUAUACAUUACAAUCCAUAUGACUAUUUAGAUAUCGAUUAUAACAUUAAUCGCUUUAAUGGUUUAAAUAUGCUAAGAAGUGGAUAUGAUGGAUCGCAAUACAACAGAUUUCCUAAUUCAGAUGACUCCGACCAUCCAAUAAAUAUGUACAAGAAUGACAAUGUUAAAGACCACAUAACAGCAGUUAGAAAAUUAAUGUAUCUUCUGAAAAUAUUUGGUACAAAAACAGAUAAUCCAACAAUAAGGAAAUCCGAGUUAGAUCCGAUUAAAAUAAAUAAGAAAACAAAAGGUGUAGAUUAUUAUUUUGAAAGGAUUCAUUCAGAUGAAGACGUUUUAGUAAGCCCUAUGACGAUACCAAGUAGAUUUAAAAUCAAACAAAAACACAAUGCUGUUCCGAAAAACGGUAUCGAAAGUAAUAGGUUUUUAGAACCAGAUAAUCUUGUACCGUUUUAUGAAUUAAAUGAAUAUGGUGAAGACAAAAUAAACUUCAACAGCUUCUUCCAAGGAAUGAUAAAUGUUUUAAAAGAUAUAAUCAAGUUUGACAAUAAGGUUUUAGAGCUCUACGCAUGGUUACCGACCACUGUAGAAUUGCAAGGGACGAUACGAACACUUUUAGAAACAUCAUAUUUUUUAAAAAAAGGUUACAUUGUACCUCGGAAAUAUUUAGAGCUUUUCAAAUAUGUUGCAUACCUUUACGAAAUAUCCAAAAUUGAUAUUGAGGAAAAUUUAGUCAAACCUAAAAAAUAUCCUGAAUAUUUGCAAUUUAGAAAUAAAAAAAUACACAAAAAACGUGUUUUACCUAAAAAUAAAAGAAAACAGAAGUUUAGACAGCCUCUGAUAAUGUGGAGGGAUUUCGCUAAAUAUAUCAGAAACGUACAUGAAAUUGGAAGUGAUAAACUAAAUAUAUUUGACGAAGUUGAAGAUUUUCUUCAGAACUUGCUAUACAAUUUGGGUGAUUUUCAUGAAGCAAUAAAGAAUAUAGCAGGAAUAACUACAUACAGAACCCAAAACUGGUUUAAUGAUUUACAAAAUAUAUACUUUAAUAAAGCCUCGAGAAAACAAAUAGGCCAAGUAGUUCUACAUUCUGGCCUAGUAAAUCUUCUCGAUAAAAUAAAGAAAGAUACAAAUAAUGGAGUUGAAGCAGAUUACAGAAGAUUCAUAAAGAAUAAUAAGCGAGAUGUGCAAAGAACUAAAGAAGAUUUCAAGUUUGUCCUGCAAGUGUUAUACGAAUUGAAUAGAAUG